AUGCCUCGAAAGCUAGUGACAGUCCGCCAUGUCUCGGCUAUAACGGCCAUCCCGCGGGCAGACCGUAUUGCGGCUGCCACUGUCGACGGCUGGACGUGCGUCGUUCCCACCAACAUCUUUAAAGCCGGGGAUUGCGCUGUAUUCUUCGAAAUAGACUCGCUUCUUCCGGCCACGGACCCGCGAUUUGCUCCUCUGGCGCCGAAGAUCAUCGGGCCGGGCGGCCCCACUUCCGCACCGGAUAUCCGGCCUUUGGCCGACUUUCCGGAAAUAGUUGCUAAACUGGAUGGAAUUCCAUCAGACAAGCUACGGGACAUCUCAUUUGAGGACAUUCUCAACGUGAGGAAAUUCGAGAAGCCUGCCAUACCACUUCACCAGACUUCGACGUCAGACGCACCUUUGCCUGAAUAUCCUGACUUUAUACCACGACCAAAUCAGGAGCGCGUGCAGAACCUCACAGAUGUAUUCAGUGAGCAUGGUACUGAGAUAUUUGAGGAGUCGACCAAGAUGGACGGCUCAUCCACGACAGUCUUUUACCUCAACGACGGCAACCCUCUCGCCAAGACAGUCCCUAGCGAGACGAGACAUAACGGCGUGGCAGUUUGCUCGCGGAAUCGUAUUCUGAUGGAGAACCAUCCGCGAAGCCCGCCUCUCUUUUACGCCACCGCGCGGGCACUCAACCUCCACGAGAAACUGCCCAAGAUCGGGCGUAACAUAGCUCUACAGGGUGAACUUUGCGGAUCGAGCAUACAGAGUAAUUUUGAAGGAUUUCCCAAGGGAACACAUUGCUUUUUUCUCUUCGCAGUGUAUGAUAUUGAUGAGCAGCGAUACCUACCACCAAGGGAGGUGUAUGAGAGGUGGGCACCACUACUGGGCGUUGAGCACGUGCCUGUCCAUGGAUACCGGCCGCUGAACGAGAUGGGUUCGCAGAUCACAGAUCUAGUUGAUCGAGCGGAAGGGAGGGGAAUAAAUGGGCGGAAGAGGGAGGGGAUUGUGUUCAAGCGCGAGGAUGGGCAGUUCAGCUUCAAGGCGAUAUCCAACUCUUACCUGCUCACACAUGGAGAGUAG